GUUUUAUUCUGUUCUCCUUUCAAGUUUGUAAACAUUUCACAUGAAGUUGCAGGAGCUCCAGGCACUAGGUUGAAAUUUAGUUGCUCCAAUUUAAUACAGUUAUUACUACUUAGGUAUUAAAUUAUUAUCCGUUUAAUCGCCAAAUCUACAAAUAGCAACGAUCUAAUAUCCUCCAUCGUCUCCAUGAGCCAUGUUCUGCCUUCUUUGUUUACGCGUUAUCGAUAAGGGAGAAAUGUCCCCCCGAAAAAUCAUAGUCGAGACCCUUAGAAAACUGUUAGGUUAUCCGAAUCAAAUCGACAAAUCUUCUCAUCCCCUCCAAUUUGAAGAUGAUAACGAAAUGUGUGAACUUUGUUCCGACUGUUAUACUCUCAUCGGAACAAUGGAACAAAUUAAGAGCCAAAUUUCUCUCCUGGAGGAAGAAAUCGAGUCGAAAAUUAAACAAAUUCACGCCACAAUUUUACAUACUUCGUCUCAACUUAUAAAUAAUGGGGAUUAUCAUCCCGAAACCGAGAAAAUUAUACAGAUUCGUACCAUGCUUCUCCGUGUGACAGGAGGGAAUCAUCAAAAUUUUGAGGAAGAUGAAGCAGGUGUUAAAGUAGAACUUAUCCAAGGCGAUGUUGACCCGCUGAGGGUCGUGGGCGACCAAUUUUUGUAUGAAAACGACAAUGAUCCAUGCUUUCCAACAAGUGUGGAAAACAUAAAGAACGAAGAAGAGCCCGACGAUAAUUUCCAUGAUGAGAAAGACGGCGACGACGAUACCGAUUUUUGCAUUAUUCCUUUUCGCCAAAACAUGAAAAGCCGCAGAUCUAAGAAGAUAGGACCGUCAAUACGGAAACGGAAAAUAGAUUCUCCUUCAGCAACAGAGAACAUACCACUUUCGAAAAGGAUCAAAUUCGGAUCUUCUUCCCGAAGGACACGAUCACGAUCCUCCCCCCGCAUCAAAACACAAACCACCCUGGUUAACAACAAUCUGGUACUUUCGGUGAAAAAUAUUCGCCCAACGAGUAAAAAGAGGCUGAAAAAACCAUCAUCAACUAAAAAGUCUAGCCCAACAUCAAACCAAAACUUGGGCGACCGGGUUCAAGAAAACGAUGCUUCCCAGUUCCCACAUAAAAACGACGCCCUCAGCGGCAUUCCCUGUCCCGCGGAAGGUUGCACGGCCACCUUUUGUAGUACCAAGGCGCGCAACGCUCAUCUAAGAUAUGCCCACGAGCACCCUUAUCAAUGCCACAUUUGUACAAAAAAGUUUCUCAGUCAAGGCACCCUCGCCGCGCAUAAGGUCAUUCGUCAUGAAUCCGGCGACAAGAAGUUUUCCUGCGGCAAAUGCGAGAAGAGUUUCUGCCUCGAGGAAAACUUUGAAAGGCACGUGACCCUUCAUGAGGUUGAGGGGGUCAAACCGGAAGUUUGUGACGUGUGCGACACUCGAUUUAGGACAAAAGAGCAGCUCGACCGACACAUGGAGACACACAACAGGGGGCGGUUCCAAUGUCAAAAUUGCGGAAAGAAAUGCAGAGAUAUUACAGACUUGGACAGACACGAGCGUACCCAUAAGAAAGCAAAGCCACAGAAAUGUCCCCAAUGUUCGGCCACCUUUACGGACGGGACCAGCAUGAAGCGUCACAUUGUUCGAGAUCAUUCUUCGUCCUCUGCUCCCCAGAAUAUUUGCUACCUUUGCGGAAAAGGGUUUUAUCUUCCGGUCGACCUUAAAAUGCACCUCGAUCGCCAUGACGGCACGCAUCGGCAAGUCAAAUGCGACACGUGUUCGGAAAUUUUUGUGACCUCGAAAUCAUUACAAGCUCACCGUAUCAGACUGCACGGGGAGGAUCCGUUCGUUUGUGAUGAAUGCGGCCGUACUUUUACCACUAUGGCAGGAUUAGAUCGACAUAAGAAAGUUCAUGCGGGAGACAAACAGCAUAAAUGUGAUACUUGUGGCUCCACUUUCAUCAGCGCGUAUCAACUCACGACGCACGUGCGAUCCCACACCGGCGAGCGACCGUACCCCUGCCCCCACUGCGACAAAGCUUUCCGAACCAAUAGUAAUUUGAUCAUGCACGUGAAAGGAAUCCACACUCCGGGUUACGUCACCCCCACCCCGCACAAAUGCCCCCACUGCGGAAAAGCGUUCAAUACUGCGUUUGUUCUUCGUGGCCACGUGCGCCGAGUGCACACGGGGGAGCGCCCCUUCAUCUGCGACCAGUGUGCAAAAGCCUUUGCGGUCAAGGCAGACCUUACUCAGCAUUUAAAAGCGGCACAUGACAUCGUGUUGGAGACGAGGAAAAAUAUGUUGCCGAGAUCGAAACGGGAUGCGUUUAAAGAAGAUGUUUAACUAAUAUUGGGCGUACUCGGGACAAUGUCUUAAAAACAUUUAGCGUCGCAACUAACCUUCGGAUUUUCAUAGCGCUCAAAAUCUGACUGUUGCCGUAUUUUUAUUUAGUUCUCGUGAAUUUCUGUGAUUUCUAUGGAUUGAGAUGGAAGGGACGGGUGAGUUAAUAAAGACGUGCCAAUUUGCUGGACAAAUUUAUUUAAAAAAUCAUUGUCACCAAAAUUUUUGUGAAAUAUAGCAAGUUUUAGUAUGCUUAUUUUUGUAAUGUAUGCUAAGGUUGAUGUGAAUAAGCCCAUUGUUAAAUUUUCAUUUUUAUCAAUCCAAGUCAAGCCAUGAAGUUAAAAACACUUACGAUUAGACAAUGAAAUUUAUUUAUAGCGAGUUUCUGAUUACAAACGAAAUAUGUAAAUACAUAUAGGUCAUAAUUAUUUAAAAUCAGAUAAAUAUUGAACUAAAUAACAAAUCCAAAGUAUGGUGUAUGUAUGAUAGGGUAUUUGUUAUCAAAAAUGAGAUUAUUAAAAAUCAUGGAUUAUCUGUA